AUGGCCAAUGGACUGCAAGGGCAAGCACCCUUGGAGUCCCUGGAAGGCGCGCUUGAUCGAUUGCGACAGGCAGUACAUAAGCCAAGUCCCAAUGCGUGGAGGGACAUCGACCAGGAGUGGCGAUUUGGGAGCCCAAUCGGUGUGCAAGGUGCAUUUGAUGCAGUCCCGACCGCAUCACUUCUACACGUGGAGCCCCCGAAAUCACCGCCUCGCUCUGUGCAGAUGUUGGCUUUUCCGAACGAACAGCCAAUAGACAACGGCAGCCCCACACCGCAAUCUGACUUCUCGAGCGCAUUUCUGGGAUCGAGAUGUGCUGUUGUGGAUUGCGGGAAUGGUCCACAGCACAACAUAAAGCAGCUGCGCCAGUUUUUCAAUCCGGCUUCUCAGCGACCUGUUGUCUUGAAAGGGUUUGCGCGGCACUUGCUGGAUGUGUCCUGGACCCUGGCCAAUCUGGAGAGGAUGUGUGGACAUGUAAUGGUUGAUGGCGUUCGCGUGGCUAAGCCCGGAUCCUCAAUCUUUGACUACGCAGACGACAGCAAGAACUGUUGCUUUGCGGACUCUUCCGCGCAAGGUCAGCUUGAAACCAUGAAGUUUUCUGACUUUGUGUCGCGAUUGCGGUCGUCUGAGAGAAGUCCCUACUAUCUCUGGGCUGUUUUGCUGGCCACAAAGUCUGGCCAGGAUGAGCUGCUGCGCAGCUCGCUGGCAGAGCUGCUGUGGCAAGAUCUGGGGGCAUUCAAGUGGGAAGGAAUCGAGCCAUUGCGUCAGAUUGGGGAACUUGGCUCAGUGAAAAAGGUACAGCUCUUCUGCAGCGGUGCUGGGGCAGUCACAGCCUGCCACUAUGACCAGAGCCAGAACAUCUUCUUGCAGCUGGAAGGUAUGAAGCGCUUCAUACUGUUUCCACCGAUGGUUGGGGCAGCAGCAUUUGCGCCCUUUCCCAUUUCACAUCCCAGGGAUCGCUGUGCACGAGCGCGGCUAAACCAAGGCACACGCCAGGAAGGCCCUUUCUCUGCCCAUUAUCCGUGCACAGCCCUGGCCCAGGGGCAAGGCGUGGAAGCAAUCUUGGAGCCAGGGGACUGCCUUUUCCUGCCCCAGAUGUGGUGGCAUCAUGUAGAGUCGCUUGCUGAGGAGAACGUGUCGCUGAGUAUUUGGUUUAAGGGUGGCGUUUUGGAACAGCGCCCCGUGCCUGCGCGGCUUUUGCGGCCGCUUCCUGGUGCUUUGGCUUUGGAGCUGGCGCGGGAGUGGGAGUUCUACUUGGCGACUGAAAUCGGAUACGGCGCUGAACUAGUGUUGUUCACGGCCUGGCUAUCCUUCCAUUCAGGUGCCGCUGCCAGGGAUGCGGGUCUGGCACCGCCACCAAACCUUGCAGCUCGCUGGCUCCGUUGCGGAGCUUUGCUGCUGCAACAUGCUGUGCGCCUUCUCCCAGCCACCUUGCUGCGGCUCUUUCUAGGUGCCUUCAACAGCCUCCGGUUCCAGGGCCUUGAAGCCUUAGAAAAAAGCCAGAGCUCCGUGGCAUGUGCCGUGCCUCGCACGGCUUCAUGCUUCCGUGUAGGGCCUGGUGCGAGAGGUGUGCCUUGCCCCAGGCACUCAGGGUUCAGAUGCAGCACCGAUUGCUCACGCGCCGCAUGGCCGCUCCGGAAAGGGCGUUGCAAAUGA